CCCGGGCCUGCACCUCACCUGCCCUUUCCAAGAACUCCACCUUGAAGGUGUUGGGCGCGCUGGCACCCAGGGGUCGGACGGUGCAUUCCCCGCCGCCCGAGUUCUUCCGGCUCUGGAAGUAGCUUUCCAGCUUCCAAUGUAGAUUUUGCCGAUGGCAGGGCUCGGACACCCGCACCAGCAGCGGGGAUGGCGGGCAGGGGUUCGAGGCCAUGGCUUUCGGCGUAGGGCUGGUGCCGCUGCUCCGGACAUUGCUGGACGCGGAAUGAGGCAGGGGUGCGUCCCGCCCCUCCGCCCAGGGCAGCAAACUUUCAGUUUCGUUUUCCCUGAGCUCCCUCCUGUUCCCGGCAGCGCUGCUCCCUUUUCUCUCCUUGCUGCCUGCCUUGCGGACCUCGCUGGGAGUGGGCCACCAUAUUUGGGAACAACCGUCUUUGCUCAGAAACACAAAACAGAGUAUAAACAUUUAAAGACCCCAGGUCCUAGGAGGAUGGACUUUUCUAAGGGUGCUGAAGCAGCAGCUUACAAUGAGAAAUCAGGUAGGAACACCUCACUCUCAGUCUUGCUCCAGAAAUUCUUUGCUCAGAUCUGUCCUCAGUGGGAAAAGGGGAACACAGAAGGAGACUGUCUCCCCUGCAAGCGUUCAGAGAUUCUUGGAGACAUUCUUGGGGAAAACCAUAGUUGGCAAAUACCCAUUAAUCACAAUGACUUCAAAAUUUUAAAAAAUAAUGAGAGUCAGCUGUGUAAAGUUCUCCAGAAUAAAUUCGGCUGUAUCUCUACCCUGGUCUCUCCAGCCGGGGAAGGUAACAGUGAGUCUCUGCAAGUCUUCAAAAGAAGGCUGACUCCUUGGUUAGAGCUGUCUGUCUGGAAGGAUAACCUCACCAGACAUGCUGUUGACGCUGUAGUGAAUGCAGCCAAUGAAGACCUUUACCAUGGGGGAGGCCUCGCCCGUGCGCUGGUGAAAGCUGGUGGCCAAGAAAUCCAAGAGGAGAGUACAAGAUUUGUUUCUAGAUUUGGUAAAAUACCAGCUGGUGAAAUAGCGUGCACAGGAGCAGGGAGGCUUCCCUGCAGACAUAUUAUCCAUGCUGUUGGGCCUCGGUGGGAGGAAGUGCAUAGGGAGAAGUGUAUUUAUCAGCUGCGCAAGGCCAUUAUAAAUAUUCUGAAGUAUGUCACCUCUAGCAAGCUGCCCAUUGAGACAGUAGCAAUUCCAGCCGUGAGCUCUGGGAUUUUCCGGUUCCCUCUGAAUUUGUGUACACAGAUCAUAGUGGAAACUAUCAAGAAUUAUUUCCAAGGUAUGCAACUGACUGGGACUUUAAAACAAAUUCAUCUCGUAAGCAAUGAGGACCCUACUGUUGCUGCCUUUAAAGCUGCUUCAGAAGACAUACUAGGGGAGAACGAGCUGGGGUUCCAGGUGAAUCAAGGAGCCGUCCUUCCUCUCAGUAUGAUGACAGUGAACAACCUGACUGUCCAGAUUGUCCAAGGCCUCAUUCAUCUGCAGGGGACAGAUGUAUUUGUUUGUUUUGUAAAUCCAAAUCUUGGUGAUGGAGUUGGUCCUGUGUCGGAAUCAUUUCCCCAAAAAGCAGGAAACAAAAUGACAGAGGAAUUUACCAAAAAAAGCCUUCAGACAUCUAAGGAUUCCCCAUUGGUACUGGUCCAAAGUAACUCUAAAUCACCUGGUCAAUAUGUAUUCUAUGUGUGCUGGCCUUCAGAAUAUUCUAAACAGGAUCUGGUAUUGAGAAACAUAGUGAAGAAGUGCUUGGAAAAAUGCCUUGAGCUAAAUGUAACUUCCAUUUCUCUUCCUCCUCUUGGGACUGGAAACACUGGUUUUGGGAAGUAUGAAGCAGCAGAGAUUAUGUUUGAUGAAGUUUUAAUGUUUGCCAAACAAUGCUUUAAAAAACAACUAACUAUAAAGUUUGUGAUCCUUCCUGAAGAACAGGAGACAUAUGAGGUUUUCAGCACUGUAAUGGCAAAGAGUAAGUCCAAGCAGCAGCCUUUCAACAAUUACACUGUUCCCCAAGGGACCAGGGGAACCAGAGAGACCCGAGAACAUGGACUAAAAGCUAACUCUCCUGCCAUCAAUCUGAUGGGACCUAACCAGGAAAAGAUGGGUGAGGCCCAAGAGUGGAUCCAAAGGAUACUGACCCACCAGGACCAGCACACCAUUGAGAAUAAUCACAUCCUCUACCUUGGGAAAAAGGAACAUGACAUUUUGGCUCAGCAUCAGGCAGCCUCAAAGGUCUCUAUCUCAGAGAUUAUCAAUCCAGGAAAGGCAACUUUAGCGAUCAAGGGAGCCCAGGCUGACCUCAUUGAGGUGAUUUUGAAGAUUGAACAAAUGCUGUGUGAAGUUCAGGAGAAAAUGGCAAGAAAAAAGGAGCAAGCCCUUUGGAGCUCAUCAAGGCAAUGGACCGAUCAGCAACCAAAACACCAAGAUGAAAUGAAAGAAAAGAAGUUUCUGAAAUGUCUAAUGCUUUCAACUCAAGAAAUUCAGGAUCAAAAGAAACAGUUUGAAAACUGUGGUUUGCAGAUUAUAAAGGUAGAGAAGAUAGACAAUGUGGCUCUCAUGGCUGCCUUCCAAAGAAAGAAGAAAAUGAUGGAAGGGAGAAUGCAUGGGAAACCUGUGAGCCACAGGUUGUUUCAGCAAGUCCCACAGCAGUUCUGUGAAGUGGUAUGCAGAGUGGGCUUUCAAAGAAUGUACUCCGUGCCCUGCGACCCAAAGUAUGGAGCUGGCAUAUACUUCACCAAGAACCUCAGAAGCCUAGCAUACCAGGUCAAGAAAACACCUACCACAGAUAAGCUGAUCUACGUGUUUGAGGCAGAAGUACUCACAGGCUCCUUCUGUCAGGGUCAUCAGCUAAAUAUUGUUCCCCCACCAUUGAGUCCUGGAGCCAUAGACAGACAUGACAGCGUGGUUGACAGCGUCUCCAGCCCCGAAACUUUUGUUGUUUUUAGUGGUGUGCAGGCCGUGCCCCUGUAUUUGUGGACUUGUACCCAGAAUCCUGUAAGGCCACAGGAUUAUUCAUCAAAAUUAAUGAUGCAGUCUCCACAGUCCCACUGGGGGAAACAUGUAAUGAACAGCUCUGUUGAUUAACCUCCACAUCAUUUAACAACUGACAUGGCCUUACUUUGGAGGAACUAACAAUAAUGUCCAUCAAUGACGAAAGGGUGGUUUGAAUGUGCCAAAUGGGUGUCUGUAUGGACUGUUUGGGUUAUUGAAGGGAGUAGAUACAUACCAAUAGCAUCUUAAUCUUUAUCUCUUAGGACUGGGGUAGGUAGAUACCCACUGAAAUACUUUCAGGAUCACUUCUGUCCUACAAGUUGUUCUUUUACCUCCUUUACUAUAGGUAAUAGCAAAAAUAUUUUACAUGAACAAUUUUUUCUAGUAUAUAAUCCAAGCCUUUUAUGUUCUAAAAUGAUCAUAGUGUAACAUAUUAGGACAGCAGGAUGGUUUUCCAGAGAAUCUUAUACAGUGCUGUAGAUAUAAAAAUAAAUUGCCUUUGCCUUGAAAAAUUAUGUGUGAAAUGAAAUUAUUUGAAGUGGAAGGAAAUCAAAAGGCUGAUAGUCUACUGAUAACCUGUGUUAUCAAGCAAUCCACUCAAGUACCACUAGGCCAAAUUAUUAAUUUACCAAAUAUUUUUUGACCACCAGAUGUGUCUCAAUCACUUUCUAGGAAGUGGGGAUAUGAUGCUGGUCAAGAUAAAUGGCUUCAUAAUGCUUCAAGCCUGAUUAAUUAGAAAGGCAGCUAUGGACAACUUAAUGAGUAGAUUGGGUAUAACAAAUGAGGAAUUACAGAUUCUUUUGGGAACUGUAGAGGGGAGAGGGGUCAAAAGUUGGAGGGCAGGCCUUCUAAAGAACGUAAAACUCAAGCAGGGACUUGAAGAAUUUGUAAGAGUUAGGCAAGUAAGGGAUGCAGCAAAUAAGGAGCAGAGUCUGAAGAAUAUUUAUGCAGAGAGGAUAGUUCUUACAAAGGUUGAAACCACUGUGACUAUGCCCAAAUAUGAGGUAAGUUUUGCAGCGUAGAUGCCAGCUAUUCUCACCACGCACCUCUUACCUAUUCUGAAAUCUAUAUUUCUUUAUACUUCCAAACUUUUCUGACCCUCACAUCCUCAACCUCUUGCAUGAACACAUUUUUUCUCCUCAUCUUACUGUAACCAGCAUUCUUCCUCUUGAAAGAAGCAUGUUUAUUGUCUCAUAUGGUACUGGCCUUGGACAUGGGCAAGAGGACCCUACUCUGACCGUCUUCCAGCUGUGCCCUUCUCCACAGAGCGGAGUGGACAGGGUUAAUGGGCACCUCACUCCUAAACUACCCAGUAGAUAGGUACCCCCAAACUUCCUACCUAAACAGCUCUAUGUCUACUUAUAGAAUCUGAUUGGGCCUCUUUUUUGGGUCUCUCCUCCCAAGAGUGGGCUAUGCCACACUCUGCAUCAAGAAUGGCCUCAGGGUUUGCAAGGAUGGGGCUUGGACUUGAGGCUGAGGUAAUCAUCUGCCUGUGGAUGAGGCCUGUGGCACAGAGCUGAGAGUGACAGGACAGCUUCAAAAAAUCUAGCAUAUGUUUAAUAGGGAUUUCAAAAGAGAAUGGAGGAGAAGCAAUAUUCACAAGGAUAAGAACAAAAGAAAAUCCAUACCAAGAAACAGUGAAACUGUAGACCACCAAAGAGAUGAUCUUAACAGCAGCUAGAGAGAACAGCUGGAUCAUCUACAAAGGAAUGACAGUUGGACUGCCAGUCUUGUGGUAGGCAGAAUAAUCUCCUCCCUUUCUCAUGACAAAAAUAUCUACACUUUAAUCCGAAUCUGAAUAUGUUACCUUACAUUGCAAAAGGAAUUUUGCAGAUGUUAUUAAGACUACCCUUCAGAUGGUGGGCCCAAUCUAAUCACAAAAGUCUUCAAAAGUAGAGAACCUUUCCUAGCUAUGUCAAAGAGAUAGCAGUUGGGGAGAAUUUGAUGCCCUGUGCCAGUUCUGAGAUGCAGGGGGUUAUAUACAAGGACAAGAAAGAAGCUUCUAGCAGGAAAAGGUAGCCUCAAGCUGAUGACAGCAAGGAAACUGAUAUCUCAGUCCUUUAACUGCAUGGAAUUGAAUUCUGCCUAUAUGUGAGUAAGCAAGGAAGUAGAUUCAAAAGCGUCCAGAAAGGAAGCCUGCGAACACUUUGAUUUUAGUCCAUUGAGGCCCAUAGCUGACUACUGACCAACAGAACUGGGAGACAAUAAAUUUGUGCUUUUUUAUGUCACUGAAGUUGUGGUGAUUUGUUAUGGCAGUAAUAGAAAACUAACAUACUUCUUAAUGGCAAUAAUGGAAAAACGAAGACAGUAUAGUAUUUUCAAAAGGGCUGAGAGAAAUUAACUGUUAACCUAGAAUUCUAUAUUUAGCUAAUUUUUUAUUUUGCCUUAAUUUUUGAAUAAAGACACUCUCAGAUUAUCCAAAACUGAGUUUACCAAAGGUAGACUUGCAUUUAAGAAACUUAAAAUUUAAAGGAUGUACCUGAAGAAGAAGGGGGGAAAACCAAAAAUCUAAGCCGCAAGAAGGCAUGAUGAGCAAAGAAAUGGUAAGUAUGGAUACAUGUGAACAAUCAUUGUCUUCAUAAACAGAAGUAAUAGGAAUGUCCAAUUUGGGGAAUAAAAUAAGAUUGAAAUAAAAUAUUGCGAAAUGAACC